AUGUCGACAGUUUUACCCAACGAAUGUCUUCAGGAGAUAUUCAAUUCUCUUGACAAAGAUCUCUACACACUUCAUUCGGCGAUAUUGGUCUCUCGUACUUGGUGUGAAAAUGCUAUACCUAUCCUGUGGAGGAGACCUCUUCGCUACAACUCCCAAAGAACAAAACUUUACUUAAUAGUUCCAAUUUUCUUGUCAUUCUUGUCGCCCGAGAAAAAGGGUGAACUUCAGUUGGAUAAUUCAUGUAGCGUUAAGCUACCAACGACAAAUUCAUUUUACUAUCCUUCGUUCAUGAGACACCUUGAUUUCAAUAAUCUUAUCUUGGCUGUCACCGAAUGGAUUAGCAAAUAUCCACCGAUCAGUGAGAUGUCUCAACUUUAUUACAAGCGAACGAAGAAGGAGAUCUCGAUAGAUUAUGUUAAGCGGAAUGAUCUUGUUAUGGCAAUCCUAAAUGUCAUCAUUACAAUAUCCGAAAAUAUCGAAGUUCUCAUGAUGAACAUGGACAAGAACCUCGAUACCAACGUUUACGACUUCUUUAAAAAUGACGCUUCGAAAUUUUUUGCGACGCCAGAAGUGGUUGGUCUUUUCUCGCGGCUAGUUCACUUUGAAUGCGGUGGAAAUGCUUUUUUAUCCGAGAUUCUCUCGGAGCUAUCAAAUUAUGCCAGAGAUUUGAUCUCUUUAUCGUUUCGUCAAGGUGAGAGUUCGGAGGAUAGACAUAAAGAUUUGGUAGCCCUGGUCAGAUCGCAGAACAACCUAAAAUGCCUAAAACUUGAAUGGUUCAAGAAUGAGAACACAUCACAUGUCCUAAAGGCUCUUUCAGGGCAUACCAAUUCUCUUGAAGAAUUCACCAUGAUCAAUGGAUACGUGAGCGAUGUUGAGGCAUUAGGAUUCUUGACUCGGUGUCCAAAUAUUGUGCAGCUUCACUUUCAGGGACAGCAUUUCACGACGGAACAGAUAUCCCCAUUAUAUGAUGCCAAGUUUCCGAAACUCGAGUCCCUGCAAUUCGUUGACUUGGAAGACCGAAGAGAUUACACAAACCCGUACAUCCGACUAUUUCAAAACACCGGGAUAACUUCAAAUUUGCGAAACCUUUGCCUUCGUGUCAGGGGCGUACCUCAGCAUUCAACCCUUCUUGAAUGUAUUUCGCAUAUUUGUCAUAAAUUUACCUCGUUUACCACUCACAUAACAAGGGCCGAGGAUGAAAAGAAGAUUUUGUCAAUCCUUCGGAAUGCGAAGAAUUUGGAAAGAUUAGAAAUAUUAGCGGAUGAUGAUGAUACUAGGGAAUUUCGGGAAUAUGAUGAUGCCCGAGAAUUUAGGGAGUUCUUCACCAUAUCACAUCGUCGAGAGGCCGGUAGUUUGCUAUUGGAGAUGGCGAAAGUCUUUCCGAGCAGUUUAUGCCACCUAAAUCUAACACAAUUUGAAAUUUGUAAAGAUACCUUUGAAAGCUUCAUGCAAGGGUGCGAGGUGAAACUCGAAUCACUGAUCUUUUCUAGCAGUAACUUUCACAACAGUCGAGAACUCAUUAAAAAACUUAGCGAGAAAAAAGGUUGGAGGAUAAAAGAAAUCGAGUCACAUGCCACUAAGGUUUCCGUGACAUGGGAUGAAGAUUAG